GUGGGCAGAACCGAGGUGGUCCGGAGCAGCCUGCACCCCGUGUUCUCCACGGUCUUCACUGUCGACUACUACUUCGAAGAGGUGCAGCGGCUGCGCUUCGAGGUGUACGACACACACGGACCUAGUGGCCUCGGCUGCCAGGAGGACGACUUCCUGGGGGGCAUGGAGUGCACCUUGGGGCAGAUUGUGGCCCAGAAGAAGAUGACCCGGGCGCUGCUGCUCAAGUUCGGAAGGAAUGCUGGCAAGUCCACCAUCACGGUGACAGCCGAGGACAUCUCGGGGAAUAACGGCUACGUGGAGCUCUCCUUCCGGGCCAGGAAGCUAGACGACAAGGACCUUUUCAGCAAGUCCGACCCCUUCCUGGAGUUGUACCGCAUCAACGACGACUGCAGCGAGCAGCUGGUGUACAGGACAGAGGUGGUGAAGAAUAACCUGAGCCCUGUAUGGGAGCCCUUCAAGGUGUCCCUGAGCUCCCUGUGCCGCUGUGAGGAGACACGGCCUCUGAAGGGCCUCGUCUGGGAUUAUGACUCCCGUGGAAAGCACGACUUCAUCGGAGAGUUCUCCACCACUUUUGAGGAGAUGCAGAGAGCCUUCGAGGAGGGUCAGGCACAGUGGGACUGUGUGAACGCCAAGUACAAGCAGAAGAAGCGCAAUUACAGGAACUCUGGGGUGGUCGUCCUGGCUGACCUGAAGCUCCACAGGGUCUAUUCCUUCCUGGACUACAUCAUGGGCGGCUGUCAGGUGCACUUCACUGUGGCCAUAGACUUCACGGCCUCCAACGGGGACCCCCGGAACAGCUGCUCCCUGCACUAUAUCAACCCCUACCAACCCAACGAGUAUCUGCAGGCGCUGGUGUCCGUGGGCGAGAUCUGCCAGGACUACGACAGCGACAAGAGGUUUUCUGCUUUGGGGUUUGGUGCCCGGAUCCCUCCCAAGUAUGAGGUGUCCCAUGACUUUGCCAUCAAUUUCAACCCUGAGGACGAUGGGUGUGAAGGGAUCCAGGGCGUGGUGGAGGCCUACCAGAACUGCCUGCCCCGGGUCCAGCUGUACGGGCCCACCAAUGUGGCACCCAUCAUCUCCAAGGUGGCGAGCAUGGCUGCGGCCGAGGAGCGCACCGGGGAAGCCUCG